AUGAACAACCCCGCCCUCCCUGUUUACGCUUCCCAGGCGCAAAAUCCUUACGCUGCUGCUGCCUUCUCUCAAUCCCAGCCCGGUGGUUUUUACGCCCCGUCCAAUGGCCCGCCCUACGACGCUGCCCAGACCUCAUUCCAACCUACGAUGAUACCAAACCAUAUGCAAAGGCCAUCCCACCCGCAGCAAGUUCACCAGCCCAUACCUCAGCAGUUCUAUCAACAACCGCAACAAUCCUCUCACCCCGGUUACCCACACCAAGGCCCUACCUCAAACUCUGGCUCUCCAUUUCCAGGCCAGACAUCUUCAAACCGACCAUCACCUGCGCCACCCAAUCCCGGUUCGAGACAUAGUUCCAAUCCCAGUAUCCCCCAACUUCACACACUAUCCUCAUCUCAAGCCACAAUAUCAACUUCACUUCCUACCGCAGUCGACCCUAACAUGGCGGCGGCCAUUGGAAUUCAAGGCCAGCCCAACGCGACUCUUGCUCAACAAGCCCAGAUGCAGAAUGCAGCGCAGGCAGCCCGCGUUCCCACUUCGACCCCACAACAACAAUCAUCACAGCAGCAACAACAAUCGCCAGCAGGACAACCGCAGGGUCAGCCUAUGUCGCCACAGUCGGCCGCUCGUGAACGGGCUCGGGUUUCCGUGCUGCUAGAAAUAAACACCCAUUUGCUGCAAGAGGUAGUGUCUUUACAGGCUCAGGGUAAGGCUGGUAGCACUGCGAAUCAAGGUCAACAAUCCCCAACAUCCCCAACAUCAGCUACCGACCCCACCAAUGCGUUGAGCAACAGUCCGGGAGAACCACCGAAGUCUGCUGGUGGAACAGGUUCCAGUAAUUCCAAGCCUGCGUCUCAGGAAUUUGUCGAUUGUAUGAAGCGGUUACAGGCCAAUUUAUCCUAUUUGGCCGCAAUUGCCGAUGCGAAAAAGAAGGUCAACGGUGCUAUACCAGCAGGGCCUGCAAUUCUGGCUCCGCCAGCUCACUUGACACCUGUUCAUGACCUUUACAGGAAAUUAAAUGCCCUGUUCCCAGAGGCCAGUCAGUCUGCGAUCAGUAAAGCUGUACGCUACUCUUCGAACCAGGGCCAGGGCCAAAAGGGUCCCCCUGUGCUGGCUCAAGGUUGA